AUGGGGAUGCCAGCCCCAGAUUCUGUUUCUGCCCUCAGGCUCAAAGAAACCAGUGCUCCCUGCACACUUGCAGCAAACAAGGCCCGAAUUGCUUUUCAGACUAUUCUCAUGAUUAGGUCGUCUGAAUUGGAGAAGCUCCUGAAUAGGCUCCAAUCACAGUCGAUCAGACAGCGUCAGGGAAGGAUUUACUUCGGAAUUGCUCACAAACAAGGCUUUCUAGACCACAUUUUCGGCAUCUCUUCGGAGGAGCAUAAGGCUUCCGGCCGUCGGUAUGUGUACACUUGGUUCAUGCUGGACUCUCAAACCCACAUAUUUUCUACCUGGAUUGCUAAACUCAGAUCAGUAAGGUUGUCUAUUCUUCUGAACGAAGCAGAGAUUCGUCGCGUUGAUACUGGAUUUUGUCCGGCCCUGCAAAGAUUUGACUUGCCCUCACGUCUAAGACGACGCCAGUUGGGACGGCGGAAAGAAACUGAGUUCGAUUUGAGCUUCGGCUGCAGUAGGAAUGGGUUCUAG